AGCGCAGUGUAUUCAGCGAUGCCGUUCAAUUAUCGACCAGACAAUCUCGCGCACACAACAGUUGGUGUGCAGUGAGUUUAGAGAUAGAUAGAGCGGAGACAGUAGUGUGACCAUAUGGUCGGAGCAUUAACACCUAAAACACAGACGGAAAGUCUUUACCUGGCACUCUGGUGUGGAGAUCAAAUGAAUGGAAAAGUUGUGAGAAGACCCGUUGAGUUUCAUGCCAUGGAGUUUGUUGAAUUUAUCAAGACUCCCAAGGUAGACAGCGUGGUCCUCCAUCGGCCGUUCUAUCCCGCCAUUGAAGGGACACUCUGCCUGACGGGACAUCAUCUCAUUCUCUCCUCAAGGAAAACAAACACAGAGGAGCUAUGGCUUCUUCACAGCAAUAUAGAUGCCAUUGAGAAGAAGUUUUCAGGAUCCGUGGGCCAGCUGACGAUCAAGUGCAAGAACUUCAUGAUAAUUCAGUUGGAUAUCAAUGGCAUGGAAGAAUGCCUCAACAUUGCCAGCUCUAUUGAGAUGCUGUCAAACUUAGAGUCUGUGACUCUGACGUAUCCCUUCUUCUACCGUCCGAUGGCUGACGUCCUUGAGGAUGGUUGGCAAGCAUUCCUACCUGAGACAGAGUUUGCCAGAAUGAACACAGACGACUGGAGACUCUCAUUUGUUAACAAGAAUUUCCAGGUGUGCCCUACUUACCCACAAGCAGUGGUAGUACCCAAAAAUAUAGAUGAUGACUGUAUUAUGCAGGCCGCUGCAUUCCGCCAAGGGGGGAGGUUCCCGGUUCUCAGCUAUUUACAUGCAGCAAACGGGACUGUGAUACUUCGGAGUGGACAGCCUCUACCAGGCCCGAAUGGUAAGAGAUGCAAGGAGGAUGAGAGUCUGCUAAACUCAACGCUAGGUAUCGGCAAGAGAGGUUACAUAAUUGACACAAGGUCAUACAAUUCAGCCGUCAACUCAAGAUCAAAAGAUUUUUAUUUGAUUCUCUUCCCACCAGGUGGGGGCUUUGAGACCGAGGCCCACUACCCCCAAUGGAGGAGGGUGCACAAACCUUUAGAUAGAUUCAGCAGCCUGCAGGAGAGCCUUACCAAAUUAAUGGAGGCAUGUAACAAAAAUACCAACUCAAUGGACAAGUGGCUGGGGCACCUAGGUGCAUCAAGCUGGCUCAGUAACGUCAAGGAAGUCCUGACGACAGCAUGCCUUGUAGCUCAGUGUGUGGACAGGGAGAAUUCGUCAGUGUUAGUGCAUGGUUCAGAGGGACUAGAUGCCACACUACAGAUUACAUCACUAGCACAGAUUAUACUCAAUCCUGACUGUCGGACAGUUAGAGGGUUUGAGGCACUGGUUGAACGUGAGUGGGUUCAGUCUGGUCACCCAUUCGCCAGUCGAUGUGCAAAGUCUGCCUACGCUGGGAGCAAACACAAACACACUGGGCCUGUAUUCCUUCUCUUCUUAGACUGUGUGGGACAGAUUUUGCAGCAGUACCAGUGCUCCUUUGAAUUCAAUGAGAAGUUUCUGAUUCUACUCUUUGAGAAUUCCUACGCAUCACAGUUUGGAACAUUCCUGUGCAAUAAUGAACAUGAUAGACAGGCUCUGAAACUUUCUACAAAGACACAAUCCUUAUGGACGUAUGUCAACAGACCAAAGAUAUUAGAAACCUAUAUCAACCCUCUGUACCAGCCAAACUCCACAGUCAUAUGGCCUUCAGUAGCUCCCCAAAGCUUGAUGCUUUGGUGUGGCUUGUAUCUAAGAUGGGACAUGGAUAAGACAGUCAAUGACUCAACUGAUGCUGAGAUCCGUAAGAUUCAACAGAAUGACAAGCGCCUCAAGAUAAAAGCCAUGCAACUCAGAAAGCAGCUUGCUGAGUUACAGAAGGAAGCUCUGGAGAAGGGCCUGAUUGGUGAAUAGCUUUUACAUCAACCCUCUUCAACUCAAUCAUCAAAUGACAGUAUAAUUACGCAAAUAAAAAGCCAAGCAGAUUGGAUCUGUUCACCUGAAAAUAACAGAGACGGCAGUACAAUUUAAUUGUGUAUAAAGCAUCUAAUGAAACAAGAAUUGUUCAUACUAAUAUAUAACGUUCUUUGGAAGCCCUGUAAAGUCACACAAACUACAUUGUAUUUAGUACUCUAAAUCAACUUGAUCAUCAAAUAGAAGCAUGGUACAUCUGCCAGUUGUAAAACAGCUUGCUUUUAUCACUGAAAGUGAAUUUGCUCAUCAAAAAGCAGUUGCUUCUACAUACCACUGGUAAACCUGGAGGUCUGUUUUCGCAAAAAUAGGAACAAUGCCAUGUUUUUUUGUACUUAACACAAACAAAGGUUUAUUUGAUUCCACAAAUAGGGAGACGAAUAUUAAUAGCGCUAGAUAGAUCAGUUGGUAGAGCGUCGGCAUGUUAAUCUGGAGGUUCAAAUCCUGCUCUAGUCAAUAUGUCAAUGUUGAACCCAAAAUGAAAAACAAUCAAAUGUGUUCAGAGACUCUGAACAAUACUUUAUGGUGGUGAAAGUAAAAUUCACCAAGGAUUUCUUUGAGUUUUGUUUCAAUGGAAUUUGCUGUUCCUGUUAUGAAAAGGGCAGCCUAAGUACGAGUUAUCGUUUCGGCUAGCCGUUUUUACAAUCAUCCAAACUUUUGUCUAAUCACUUUUUAUGCAUAGGACAGCUAUAGUCAUUGAGCUAUAAUUGAACUAUUAUUUGAACCCUCUGUUAGGAGUACUUCAAGGUCAAUCUUGGUUUUUGCAGAUUUGGGUUGAUGUAAAGAAUGAAUAAGACUUCUGAGCUUCCUGAUAAAAGGCAGUGAUAAACUGCAGGGCAUUUGUGUAGCCAUGCCAAGAAAAUUUGCCAUUUUUUGUUUGAGAAUCAAUUGGCCGUCUAAUUUUUGAAGAAAGCAAAUUGUGUAUAUGUAUACAGUAAGAUAUUUAUAUAUUUAGAAAUAUGAAUAUGUUUUAUAAAAAGUAUCAGUUGUUUGUAAAUACAUCGAAUUUGAGAAUGUGAAAUGCCUAUUUAAGGUUUCCAUACAGUUUGGCUAAAAUACAUGUUGAUUUAUGUUGGAAGAGUUAAGCGGUGUAUCUUGGAGCCAGCAGACCUGAUACUUCACAACCAAGGCGAUUGCCUCCAUGCCCCCUAGUCAUUGCCUUGGUGCC